UUAGCUAAUAGUUUAUUACAUUUUAUGUAAGUACAUAUGUGUAUGUAUGUACACAUACAUGUUAUGUAUAGAUAUACGUAUAAAAGAUACACGGAAAAAGGGUGAUAUUCCAAUUUCCAAUUGACUAUCGCCCAUUUUCCAUUCCAAAAGACAGGAAAUGUCGUUACUACUAAUUGUGUAAAAACGUGUAUUUUUUUCACUUUGUAAUAAUGGAUUUUCUUAUGAAAAAGUACGCCUAUUUUGAAGAAAAUAUAUUGUUAAACUUGCACAGAAAUGGCAUUAGACAUCGGCCAAAUGCUAACAUUGGAUUAUGGCUUGGAAUGUUGGUAGGUUUAAGUGCAAUUUUAAAUUUACUAAAAGAGGAUACCAGUUAUUCUGAAAUUUGCCUUAUUGUGGGCCUUACGGGUGUUGGCCUUGUUAUGAGUUCAAUAUGUUUGUAUGUACGAUUGACAACAAAGAAAGUUAUAGUCAAAGAUUUCCAAGUUAUAUACUUUUUGCCAGCCAUUGUAACAUCUAUGUUGUACCUUCUUGUAGCAAAUAAAGGAUUACUAUGGAGUGUCACAUGGGGCUUAAGUGUAGGAAGUUUGGGUACUUGGAGUAUUAUUCAAUUGAUGUCUACUUUUCCUAAUUGUUUCACACUUGGAGAAGCAACAGCAGUAGUGCAUGGCUGUGUUUUAUUUAUAAUGUCUGCAGUAACAAACUUGCCAUUACGAUAUCAUUUACCACCUAUACACAAUGAUGAUAUUGCCACAGUUUUAUUACAGGUUGCAAUAAUAUAUAUAGUCUUAGUUUGCUUAUUGUGUGGAUAUUUUCCAAUAUUUCGUGAAACCAAAUACUUUUACGCAAUGUUGACUGCUCUCCUACUAUUAAUUGUUUUACCUAUAAUGCACAGCAUAUUAGACCAAAAUCCAUUAACGUGGACGUUUUCAUACAUGUUUGGUACAAAACGUAAAAUUAUUCUAUUUGGAUAUUGGGCUAUUUGUUUAUUAGUAGCCAUAAUUGCAGUUGUGUAUCAAAUAUUAUGGAAUUCUCAGGCAACAACUUCCAUUAGGAAAAUUUUUCAUAUACUAGCUGUACUUGUAUACAUACCAGGUCUGAUAUAUGAACAAACAUUAUUGUAUUUUGCUAGUGGUGUAAUAAUGGGAUUAUUUAUAUUUCUUGAGCUAACAAGAUAUUUGAGGAUAUCCCCUCUUGGAGAGAUAUUAGAACAAGGAUUUUCUGUAUAUGCUGAUGAAAAAGAUAAUUUGAUUUCUUUGACAGCAUUAUAUUUACAUUCUGGUUUAUCUUUUCCACUUUGGAUGCCGAGCAACAAUGUUCCAUUAGUGGCUUUAUUUAGUGGUAGUUUGUCAGUAGGAGUAGGUGAUACUGCUGCUAGCAUUGUGGGUAGCAAGUGGGGUUCUCAUAAAUGGCGUCGUUCAGAUAAAUCCAUUGAAGGAACACUUGCUUGUAUAUUCAGUCAAGUUAUAUUAAUAUUCAUCUUAAGGUUUAUGGGUUACCUAGAUAGUUACUGGUUACUUUUGAAAGUGCUAUCAAUAAGCAUUGCUGUGUCUUUCGUUGAAGCACGAACGAAUCAAGUUGACAAUUUAGCAUUACCUUUGUUAAUGUAUGUGUGCCUAAUAAUGAUUUAGACAACAAGAACAAAUACUGAAGCAAGCAAAAAUAAUUAUAAGAACUAUCCUGAAGACAAGUAAAACUGAAAUUUUUAGACCUUCUGUCUACGAUGCAUCAUGUCGGAGAUGUGUACAUAUAACUCAUGAAUGUACAUGCAAUGUAUACAUCUUAUUUUACUAGUCUUUAUUCAAAAGUGUACAGAAAACAAUUAUGCAUUUACGACGUUAUAUUUUAAAUAUUGAAACAACAUUUCGCAUUGACACGAUGCAUCGUGGACAGAAGGCCUUACUGUUAAACACACAGUUGGACCAACAACAUAGUAUUUAAUUACUGAGAACUAUUUUUUUUUCUACAGUUGAAAAAUUUGUAUAUUUUUUUAAGUUUCGCAUGAAACAUAUUUUCAAAUGACGAAUAGUUCUGGAGAUAAUCGCAUGUAGUGAUUAAAAUAGGACACUCUUUCUCUCUCUCUCUUUCUAUAUAUAUAUAUUAAAAUCAUUGUAUCAUACUAGCUUGUUUCAUUAUAUGCAACUUAGAAAUUACUCAAAUAUUACUAAAAAUUUUAGUUGUUAUAUCUUUAAAUUUAUUUGUUAUGUAAGUUGUACAAAAAGAAUAAUGAAUGCGAGCGCAAAUUUCAAGCGCAAAAUUAUCUGUAAACGAUUACGUAAAAAUCAUACCGUAGAAGCACUUUUGUCUAUUUUGAAAUGUUUUGCUCUACACUAUUGCCAUUUGUAGGUUUACCAUUACUGUAACAUAAAAUAUUCGAGGAACUUAUCAAAUCUUUUUUAAAUCUAUGACCAUUACAUUUUACACUCUAUACAACCUCACUUUUUUCAGUUAGAGUGAACAUAAAGAAUUUUACAUUAGAGUCUCUCUAUGUUGGGCUGUAUUACUGUUAUAGCAAUACUCUGUAUAAUUGGGUACAUAUACAAUGGGCGUACACUUUACUCAUUCCUAUCGACAAAUCUUUUGUAUUUAAAAUGUGUGUUAUUGUUAUUAAUAAAAUAUUUUUAUAAUUUGA